GACCGCGAGCAGCCGGCUGGGGGCGGAGUUGGACGUGCAGUUCCGUCCUGGACCUCCAGCUUGAGUUGUAGUUCCACGAAGCGCACAUCAGAGUGGUGGGGUGAAGAGUAAAUAAGGCCAACGUCUUAAAACAGCUGAAUCAACUGGCAGAAGGCAUUUUUCCUUUGACCAUCAUCAUCAUCAUCAUCAUCAUCAUCAUCACUUCCAUCAUCACCAUCUCAGGGACAACAUCUUCAUUGAAUAGGAGUGGGGUCGUCUCAGCUCCCCCUUUUCCUCAUUAGGUCACUGCUGCAACUUGGACAGGAACACUCCACUAAUGUCAGGAGAGAAGAUGGAGACAACAAGUGUGUCCAAUGGAGCGGGGCCUGUGUAUGAAGACAAAAAAGAGGACAACCUCAGUCCUGAGGAUCUGUCUGAGAUGCUGGCAGCAGGGACCAAAGAGGUUCAUGAAAAGGCUGAGAGCACCCAGUUUGUUAAGGAUUUCCUCAGGGGACGCAUCCGCAAAGAGCUCUUCAAGCUGGGUGCUGUGGCACUCUACUACACUUACACAGCCAUGGAGGAGGAGAUUGAAAGGAACAAGGACCAUCCCCACUUUGCCCCUCUUUAUUUUCCCGCAGAGCUGCACCGUCACGAAGCUCUGGCCCGUGACCUCGAGUAUUUUUAUGGUCCAGAUUGGCAGAGCCAGGUCAGCUGCUCCCAGGCCACCCAGCAAUAUGUGGACCGUAUCCACCAAGUAGGGCAGGACGACCCAGUGCUGCUGGUGGCCCACGCCUAUACCCGUUACAUGGGGGACCUGUCUGGGGGCCAGGUGCUGAAGAAGGUGGCGCAGAGAGCCUUGAAGCUUCCUCCCACAGGAGAGGGCCUGGAGUUCUAUCAGUUUGAUGCCAUCCAUAGUGCCAAAGCUUUCAAGCAGCUGUACCGCAGUCGGAUGAACGAACUGGAUCUAGACAUGGAAACAAAGAAGAGGCUGGUGGAUGAGGCUGUCAAGGCCUUCCAGUUCAACAUGGAGGUGUUUGAGGAGUUGGAAGAGAUCGGUAAAACCAUCCAGGAGGAUGUUUUAGAUGCUGGCAUGCCUGUCCAUGGAGCAAUGGGUGGCGAUAUCAGCAAAUGUCCCUACUAUGCUGCCAAAAUGGCGGCAUCGGGUGGAACAGCAUACGCCUGUCAACUCGCCAUGGCCAUACUCCGACACCCAACAGGACAGGUUCUGUUUGCGACUUGGUUUGCUGCUCUGGCUGGAUUGGCUGCAUGGUAUCUGAUGUGAGUCAGCCCUCAGCCUUUCACUUUGCUGCUGUCGGAGUGAGGGAGGAAAAAUUAAGACGGAAGGACAGUAAGGAGACUAGAAAAUUUCCACAAGAUGAAGACCAUUUCAUAGUUUCAUACAAGCUUUCUUUAUGGGUCUAAUUUUAUUUAAUGUUGCUCAUUUGGUAAUGAUGGAAACAGACAGGAAAUAAACCUGGAUCUUAUCAAUGGAAAUCCAACAAGGUGAUCUAUGAACCAUUACCAUGUCAACCAUCCAUUCAUCAAGGUACACCUUGUUACAAUUUUUCCUCCAGUUUGUUUUAUUUCUCUACCUCCUUUGCAGUAUCCCUCCAUUCUCUGUCCCUCCAGUAUGUUUGGUCAUACCUCAACAAUGUGUGAAUAACUAAUAUGUUGUGAAAUGACAUUUUCUCCCAACUUGAAAUGAAACUAGGAGAUUGACACAGCAACACAGCAGCACAACAAUGCAGCCUAUCUAUAAACUGUUAUUGGCUUUACAGUGACACAUUAGUUAAUAAUGAUACAUGUAUUAUCAAAGUUUAUUAAGGGUUAGUUUAGUAAAAACAUGUUAAAACACACUAUGCAGAGGCUGUGCAUGAAUAGAAGAGCACAGCAGGUUUUUUGCCUUUCUAUUUUUGAAUUGAAAGAUCUGAAUUUGAUCAGGGAGUGAAAGUUUGGUAUGAGUUAAUAAUACAACACUGAAACUGUAAACUUAGAAAGUGUCCCCAUAUACUGUAUUUUUUCCUAUACACAUUGAUUGCAGUUCCAAACAUAAUGUGAAAAGACAGUACACUGCGGUUAUGUUAUUUUUUAAAAUCCAUUAUCACAUUUCAUGAUUCAUACAUGACCUCAAGAAAGGUGAUUGGAAUCAAAAGCUUUUUUCCAAGAUAUAGCACACCUACACUUUGACAAGUGUAUGAUUAAUAAAAAAAAAGCAUAUUUCAGAUAUUUGAAUGUCUGCUGAUGCAUGUUGAAAUGUAUUAUUUCUCUGUUUCAAAAUUAUGCGGUCGGGCAUCUUGCACUGCUUAGGAAAUACCUGUUGUCAAUUUACAUGCAUAGCGCAACUAUCCAAGAUGAAUGACUCAUUGAUGAUUCAGUUUUACCUGCCACAGGAGCCUAUAUGAGGACAGAGGUGAUUUGCAGCUGUUUUAAAAGGAAAUGUUCUGUUUUUUAAUAAGAUUUAUGGUUUAUCUACAUUCUUUGUACUAGACAAAUGUAGUUCAUCUAUAAGAAGGCAAAAUAUGUGAUAGGCAGGUCCUUCAGCAGCUCAGCUCUUGUUUAUGUAUCCAUUUAUUGUGGAUAUAACAUUAUGCACCAUCACUAAAGCUGUGUACUCAUUAUCCAUACUGUAUGUUGCUCAUACAGUAUGCUGGAAAAUUUUCUCCCAGUAGUGCAAACUCUGUUUUUUCAACAUCGAUAAGAAGAAAUACUUUGUGCUGUGUGUAUGCAGUCUAAUUGCACUGUUUUGCAAUUUAAGUUUAAUAUUUAUCCUGACGCAGUAAUUACAUUUUAUUAACUUUGCUUUAUUGUUCCAAGUGGUGUCUUUUUUUUUUUUUUUUCCUUGGACUUGUUGGAGUACCAAGGGAAACCUGCUGAUAAUGACAUUUCAACCAGGUUCCUGUGCUGUGUAUUGCACAACACAUUCACACAUACUGUAUAGGAAUUUGCAGUAUUCCUUUAUUAGCGAAGCUCAUUCAGGACAACAGCUGUCGUGCAGCUGUUUGAUCACAGCCAUGAUGACAACCUAAGUGAUGAUAUGUUUUGUAUUUGAGAGUCUCAGGUUCAUGUUGCGGUAAGAUGGCAAUACAAUACGUUGCAUAUGGAGGAAUAACACACAGACUGCCUGAUACACUCCUGUAGUGUCCAUGUUUUAUUUCAUUUUUAUGAUGACAGUGUGAUGUGUCAGUAUUUUUAGACAUACUGAAUCUCAGGAGCACAGGUAGUUCUGGCCAUUGAUUACACUACAGAUUAACGUGAAGAGGAAUGCUUGACUAAUUCACGUUGAUUUUGAAUUCUCUUGUAUUUUCAUUUAACCCCUGCUCUUGAUCCGUUUGUGUAUCUAUCUGAACAAAGCUUUAUCAGUGACUGGCUAGAGUACUCUCAUUGAAUGAGAAUGAGAACCCAGGAGUAUGUUGUGCUGUCUAUAGUGAAAUAAAAUGUUAUCCUGUUCAUGCUGAAAUGAA